AUGUAUAACCAUUACCAUAAUAUAACACCUCGAACAAUUAAUUAUUUGGAAGAUCGACAUUCUCGAAUGAGAAAACACGAACAAUCACUAGCAUCGAUUUCAAGAGUACGAGAUGACAGAGGAUCUUCAGCUCCAAAACGUCGAAAAAACAAAAUUAUAACAGAUGAAUGUUUAGUGAAAUUAUGGCAACGUUAUGAUGACGGCCGUAUCGACAUUCCAGCGUUCUUGAAAGCUGUUGGGUUGAAUUAUUUUCAGCGUCCAUCGAAAAGUUAA